UUUGAACCAGAACGUGACCGGAAGUGGUCAUUAGUGCGCAUGCGCAGACAGGUUCCUGUUCACCUCCAGGACCUCCAGCUGCGGUUCUACCGGACCAACGGCCCCGUUCUGCCCUCACAGCCGCUGCUGCUGCCUGGUAUGUCCGCUGCCGGUGUCCUCAGGAGCCGCCGAGUCCUCCAGCAGCUGCUGCCCGGCCUCCUCGCCUCCAUGUCCCGUCGCUACAGCCUGGAUGUCGCCGCUCCUCUGCUCCGGACUCAGGGCUACGUUGACGGCAGCUGGAUCUCCGCAGCCUCGGUCUUCCCGGUGUUGGACCCGGCCACCGGACAGGAGCUAGCCCGGGUUUCAGACUGCGGUCCGGCGGAGGCCAAGCAGGCAGUGGAGGCGGCUCACCGGGCUUUUCAGACCUGGAAGGGGACAGCAGCGAAGGAGAGAAGUGUUCUGCUGAGGAGGUGGUUUGACCUGAUGAUGCUGCACCAGGAAGACCUCGCCAAGAUCAUCACCUUCGAAUGUGGUAAGCCCCUGCAGGAGGCCCGGGGGGAGGUGGCGUACUCGGCCUCCUUCCUGGACUGGUUCUCAGAGGAGGCCCGGAGGAUCUAUGGGGACAUCGUCCCGUCUUCCUUCAAGGACAGGAAGCUCCUCCUCCUCAAGCAGCCGGUGGGCGUGGCCUCCAUCAUCACACCGUGGAACUUCCCCAGCGCCAUGAUCAGCAGGAAGGUGGGGGCGGCGCUGGCGGCCGGCUGCACGGUGGUGGUGAAGCCCGCAGAGGACACGCCUCUGUCCGCUCUGGCUCUGGCUGAGCUGGCGGAGCAGGCGGGGAUCCCCCCGGGCGUGGUCAACGUGGUCCCCUGCUCCAGAGACCGGGCCCCGUCUGUGGGACAGGUUCUUUGCUCGGACCCCAUGGUGGCCAAGGUAUCCUUCACCGGAUCUACAGCUACAGGAAAGGUGUUAUUAAAAAUGGCCGCUGACUCGGUGAAGAGGGUCUCCAUGGAGCUGGGUGGCAACGCCCCCUUCAUCGUGUUCGACAGCGCUGACGUGGACCUGGCAGUGGGCGGAGCCAUGGUCUCCAAGUUCAGGAACUCUGGACAGACCUGCGUGUGCUCCAACAGGUUCCUGGUCCAGAGCCGGGUCUACGACCGCUUCCUGGACAAGCUGGGCCGGGCCAUGGACUCUCAGCUCCACCUGGGUCACGGCUCAGAGCCUGGGACCACCCAGGGUCCGCUCAUCAACUCCAGAGCUGCAGAGAAGGUGGUCCAUCAGAUCUCAGACGCCGUGUCCCACGGGGCCCGGGUGCUGAGGGGAGGAGCCCGUCUGAACGGGUCCUUCAUGGAGCCCACCCUGCUGGCUGACGUCACCACAGACAUGCUGUGUACCCAGGAGGAGACCUUCGGACCUCUGGUCCCGGUCCUCAGGUGGUCCAGUCAGAAGGUUCUGACCCGGUUGGGUUCUGUCCCUGCAGGUUAUUUCUACUCGCAGGACGUCAGUCAGAUCUGGCGGGUGGCCGAGGCCCUGGAGGUGGGCAUGGUGGGGGUCAACGAGGGUCUCAUGUCGGCCCCCGAGGCCCCGUUUGGUGGAGUCAAACAGUCGGGUUUGGGUCGAGAGGGUUCUAAGUACGGAGUGGACGAGUACCUGGAGGUGAAGUACGUCUGCUUCGGAGGACUGAAACCCUGAACCUGGAUCCUGCUGGACUGAGGGGGGUCAGGACCUGGUCCCAUCAGGACCUGGUCUGAUCCACCAGCUGGUCCCAGCAGGCUGCUGGUGGGACAGAUGCUGACCCCUGGUGGAGCUGACAGACAUUACACCUGACCCUCAUCAGGUGGUUCUGACGGGUGGUUCUGACAGGUGGUUCUGACAGGUGGUUCUGACGGGUCCAUUAGAUUUAAAAUGUUUUAAUAUAAAUCUUUGAUGUUUAGAUUAAUUGAUAGUUUGUAAAUAAUCUCUUUCAUCUCAUUAAAUUAACUUUUUAAAUAAAAA